GUUUGUGCAGGUCUUCCACAGUAUCCAUUAUUGUUUUCUUCUUGUUGAUUGAGAUGAGUAGGAAGAUGUUAGGAAAAGUAAUUGGCUCAAAAUAAAGUAUACAUGCAUGUCAACAAAGUCGCCCGAAUAUUAUUUUUCCUUGAAGGGUUGUGACCAUUUAUGUACAUACUACAUACACAGAGCUGAGUUAUUCUCAUUACGGAAUGCUGCAAAUUACCUAGUGUUUCUGGGUGGGGGGAUCAUGCUAAUAAUAUCUGCAGCUUGACCAUCUGGAUGCUAAUAGGUUGAAGCAUUUACAGCUGCUUGAACAUCUUGCUGUCCCUACCACCACCAAGUUUCGGUCUUUCUCUUGGAAUGUCUGAGUUUCUAAUUUCUACAUUACUUUUGGAGUAAGUAUAGAGGUAUUCACCCGACCGGCAAUUUUGACAUCAUGUGCCCCCUGUUACGCACUUCAUUCUUGUACAUAAAAAAGACAUUUAUUCUAGUUUUUAUUAAGAAAAUUGAGUUCCAUUGAAGCGGUGUUCUUCAUUGGAUGGAUUGGUAAUGUAUUUGCCAAUUCAGUUAAUCUCGUUAAUCUCCAGUUCCAUUCCUCUUGUUAAUUUUUCAGUUGAGUCUAGGACAAUUACUGUCUCCAU